AACAAAAAUUGACUCUUUUGUCGUAACCUGACUUCUCUUCUCCUCGCUCCUCGACGACCACCGCAACACGAUUUCCCGGCCAACUCCAGAUGAUGUCCGGUGGUCACCGACUCUCUCUCUCUCUGUGUUUCUCUUCCUCGACAGUGCAACCUGAACCUUCCUCUCUGACUCGUUCUGUUAAUGACGCUGUUGUCAGAAACUCGAGCUGGAACCGCGACGGCUCGUGGUCGCUUCGCCAACUUAUGUCCCUUGAAGGCAAGAUCUGUGCACUCAUUCACUGCGCUUCGUUUGGGGCUAGAAGAAUUGUGACCCUGCAUGAGUUGCAAAGUGGCAAUAUUUCGAAACGAGGUCGUUGGUUGUUUUGAUGAUCUCGGAAUUGGGACCUUUGCUGCAGGCUGCAGCAUCCACGCUCUAUUUUCCAUCCAUCUCUGCUUCUACUGGCCUAGUGAGGACAUACUCGAUAGCUAUCUCAACACUUAUAUCAUAUGGACAAUGUUAAAAGCUCGAUCAGAAAAUCAGUUACAAGCAAGUAAAACAUUGGUGUUCGUAUUCAGAGCUUUUUGGAUGUAUGUAUCUUUCAUUCAAGACGCCAAGAGUCAAGAAGGCGAAACACUGAAGAUCUUGCUGACUGAACUGCAUCAGAAGUAUCGCAUCCUUUCACCAAAGAAACAACAGCAAGAUAAGGAUUAUUGUGGCAAGCAUACAAGAUUUACUUCAUUGAGCUCGGAGGACAAUCAUAGUGUCAAAUUUUCAAAUUAGGCCUCUGUUAAGUGAGCACAUUAUUUCAAAUUGAAGGAUGCUGGAAAGUUUCACCUUUUGCUAUCCUGAUUUACAUCCAAAUUCAAUUUUUUACUCCACUUUUCCAGUUUGCUUACCUUUGGUUUACCUUUGCUACGCUUUUUUGCCCCCUUUGUUAUAUUUUCCAAGUAGCACAGGCUCACUAUUUUUUGUGACACAUUCUUUUCAAAUUUUGAGAAAAUUUCCGAAUAUGGAAGCUAGACCAUUUUCACUCAUACUUUUACAACUUCGGUUUUAAGCGUUUUCUCUUAUGUUUUCUGAUCCUUCUUAUGCUCCCUGCUCUUGUGCUGAGACUUAGCACCGAGUUGCAAAGUCUUGGAGUUGAGUUAGCAAAUGUAAAAACUUCCCUAGUUCAGCUCUGCUCUUUGAUUCUGCAUGUGCACAUCACGAUGUCACUGAGGCAGGCUGAAAAAGGAUAAAGGUUGCGCCCGUUAUCAGCUCAGUCCCCAUUUCAUCUCCCUGUUUUUGUCUUGAAGUAAUUAAUAGAAACCUUCCAAAAUCUCAGGUUGCAGUUUCUGUCCUUGCAAACACCUGUAGGGAAUGUCUGAAACUGAAACCUGGUUGCGUUUAUGAAAAAGUUCCCUACUAUUUCAUUUUACACCUGAGUUUGACAUGAAUUUGUAUCAUUUUCGUACACCUGGUUUGGAGUCUUGUGCAAAAAGAUUUUAGCUCUGUGUACAUACAGCUGCAUUAUCUUUCUUCAAAUAUCCAUUGUUUUAGUGAAUAAUCUGUUUCAGCGUUUCAGGGAAUAUUUAUCUCGUUUUUCUUGUCUUGAACUCUGAUAAUUUUAUUUCCUUUUGCUGAAGGAUAAAGUUGCAGAUGUGCCGUACUAGAGUAGUAACUUUGUUUCUCUACUCUUGUAAUCAGAAGGAGCUUCUAACAGAGGCUCUUGAGGAACAGAUACCGACUGAAAUCACAGAUACAAACUUGGUUGCUGGAUAUGAUGACUGCGCACGGACAAGUUCAAGAGCUGAUAAGCCGAGCGCAUCACGUCCUAUGUCCAUCAACAAGAGUGGCUCAACGUCAGGAAAUCUCGUUCAUGAAUGGAACAAUUCCGUCUCAACGGACUUUAGCGCAAGAGAUCGACAGGUUCACACCAGCGAAACAGGGGAACGUUUCAUUUUAAACCCAUUUCAGUUUCCUUUGAUUUUGUUAUUAAUACCUUCUUACAGUGAUAUGAAAAUGACCUUUACCAAAUUAAAAUACCGGUUAUUUGACAUGGCAUCCAAGAUUUUGGGGAUAGAACCUUCAAGGAUUGGGAUAAGGAAUAUUCGAAAAUCUCAAAAAGAACAGUUUGUCAAAAAUGCUGUUUCUAAGUAAUACUAAUAAUCAUGGGAAGUUUCUUUAUUGGUUAACUUGUGGGAGAAACAAGAUUGAGAUUGGUGAAACUGGCAGUGGCGUCUCAGGUUUUACAAACAUGGAAAUAAAGACGGCUAAAGGAUAAAAUUCUAAAGAAUGGUUUACCCAAAGCAUCAGAAAAGGAAUAUUUUGCUCAAUUCUUUAUUCCCUUCAAAUCCAAUACACCUAAGGAACUUGCUUUUUUGUUUUUUCAAGUAGCCAUCUUUUUUAUCAAUCAUCAUCAUCAUCUGGUGCACAGAAAGAUUGAAGCGUUUGAUACAGUUCUGUGUUCCUUCUAGAUUUUUGUGGUACUGUAUCAGGGUUGAUGGGGGAUUCUUCUGCAAGUUCAAACAGGGUUAAGCUUCGGGAUGGGAGAUAUUUAGCUUAUAGAGAAACAGGAGUUCCAAAGCAAGCGGCCAAAUACAAAAUCAUUCUUGUUCAUGGCUUUGGAAGCUCCAAAGAAAUGAACUUCUCAGCCUCAAAUGAGCUAAUAGAAGAGCUUGGGGUGUAUUUUCUAUUCUACGACCGUUCUGGAUACGGAGAAUCAGAUUCAAACACGAAACGCUCAUUGGAAAGUGAAGUUGAUGACAUAGCAGAACUUGCAGAUCAGUUGGAGUUAGGACCUAAGUUUUACCUAAUUGGAAUCUCCAUGGGAUCUUACCCUACUUGGGGUUGCCUAAAACACAUUCCUCACAGGCUAUCUGGCGUGGCUUUUGUUGCUCCGGUGGUAAAUUAUCGGUGGCCCUCGCUUCCUAAGAAGCUAAUCAAGAAAGAUUACAGGAGAGGUAUUAUCAAAUGGGGUUUGAGGAUAUCGAAAUAUGCACCAGGACUGUUACAUUGGUGGGUUAUUCAAAAGCUCUUCCCAUCAACUAGUUCAGUUCUUGAAAGCAAUCCGGUCUACUUCAACAGCCAUGACAUGGAGGUCCUUAAGCGAACUACUGGUUUCCCCAUGCUUACUAAGGAUUCGCUACGGGAAAGAAAUGUUUUCGACACACUAAGAGACGAUUUCAUAGCUUGUUUCGGGCAAUGGGACUUCGAACCUGCAGAUCUAAACAUUAGUAAAGAGAGCUGCAUUCACAUCUGGCAUGGGAAGGAAGACAAAGUUGUUCCAUUCCAACUUCAAAGAUGCAUCUUGCAGAAGCAACCAUUGAUCAACUACCACGAAAUCCCACAAGGCGGACAUCUAGUCGUGCACUACGAUGGCGUUUGCGAUUCAAUUCUACGCUCACUAUUGGAUUCUUGAACUCACACAAGUCACAACACCAUUA